UUUUUUUUACCCUCGGAAGUACUUCUUAUCAUUUUGCCUGUCUUUGCACAGCAUUGUUUCUUCAUGUAUAUUCUUAUUAACAAUAAAGCAGACGAAAGAACAAAAUACGGGCAUUUGUUCUUUUUAGUACAGCGAUACUGGUUAUCUUCAGUUUUUAAAUCUGGACAGCUAAACGUUGGAAACAGAGACCGGUGGGGGCGCAACUGUAGUUCGUGGGAUGUGUGGCCUUUUGUGAGCAAGAGAAAGCAAGAGUGUGCGAGAGGAAGAAAUAAAGAUGGAUUUCUUUUGACAGAAGGAUAACUUUCUGCAUAUUUAAAUAAUGUCGGAUUCAGAAAGUGACGAAGACCAAGACCGCCCUUUUUCUUUGACCGGCUUUCUGUUUGGUAAUAUAAAUGAAGAUGGACAGCUGGAAGAUGACAGUGUUCUUGACACGGAAUCAAAGAAACAUUUGGCUGGUUUGGGGUCGUUGGGUUUAGGCAACCUUAUCACAGAGAUUACUGCCAAUGAAGAUGAACAGUGUGAAGAUGACAGAGAUUCAGCCAGCACUGAUGCGGAAGGAUGGGUUAAGAGCACAGAUGAUGCUGUUGAUUAUUCAGACAUCAGUGAAGUGGCAGAGGAUGAAACAAGAAAAUAUCGGCAAGCAAUGAGCCACCUGCAGCCCAUUAAAAAAACAGAUGAUGAAGAUGACUAUGAUGCAGAUUCUGAGGAUAUUGACUCAAAACUUAUGCCUCCACCCCCUCCUCCUACUCAGACACUUUCUCUCAAAAAAGAAGAGCCUCCUGCCCAGGCUACCAGUGCUGUUUCUGAUGAAGGUGAUGGAAUUAUCCUUCCUUCGAUAAUAGCUCCGUCUUCUUUGAUGGAAAAGGUAGAAUUCAGUAGUUCUUCUGAUUCUGAAUCUGAGAUGGAACGCACACCUCAGGGAGCUGGAUCACAACGACAGGGACAAGAGGGAAGCCUGACGUUACCUUUAGCUGGAAUAAUGCAGAGAGAUGCCACUAAGAUGCUGCCUAGUGUGACUGAAUUGUUUCCAGAAUUUCGGCCUGGCAAAGUUCUUCGAUUCCUCCGACUGUUUGGACCAGGGAAAAACAUGCCAUCUGUGUGGCGUAGUGCUCGGAGAAAACGCAAGAAAAAGCACAGGGACCCGCUGCCAGAUAUGCCUACAGGCGAGACUGAAAUCAGUGAUGUACCUACAGAUAGGAAGUCAGGUUGGGAUUAUGAGCAUGCCCCUCCUCCACCCCCUGAACAGUGUCUGUCUGAUGAUGAGAUAUCAAUGAUGGCUCCUGUAGAGUCAAAGUUCUCCCAGGCUACGGGGGAUUCUGAUAAGGUAGCAGAGACGAGACCAAAGGUGGCUGAGUGGCGAUAUGGGCCAGCCCAGCUGUGGUAUGACAUGCUUUGUGUCCCUGAAGAUGGAAUGGGCUUUGACUAUGGCUUCAGACUAAAGGAAACAGAGAUAGAGGAAGAGUCUUUGCCAGCAAUGGUACAACCUCAAGAAGAUGAUGAUGAUGAUAACCAAGAGGAGACAGUAAGUGAUAAUCUUCUUGAGGAUGAGCACUUUCUGAUGGUGACACAACUUCAGUGGGAGGAAGACAUCAUUUGGAAUGGAGAAGAUGUCAAACACAAAGCAACAAAAACCCAGAAGGCCAGUCUUGCUGGCUGGCUCCCAUCAAGUAUGACUAGGAAUGCAACAGCUUACAAUGCACAGCAGGGUCUGAGCAGAAGCAACUCAUUAUUAGUUCCUCCAACUCCACCUCCAACUCAGAAAAUUGUGACACCUGGAACCCAGAGCUCAAGUAAAACCCGGGAUAAGCACUUGCAAGAACAACAGGCUGCUCAGGAAGAUGACCGGCCUUGGUUUUCUAUUUUUCCAAUUGACAGUGAAGAACUUGUUUAUGGUCGAUGGGAAGACAACAUUAUCUGGGAUGACCAAGCUAUGGAUGAAAUUCUGCUCCCUCCUGUACUUACACUUGAUCCCAACGAUGAGAACAUCAUUCUUGAAAUACCUGAUGAAAAAGAGGAAAUGACUUCAAACUCUCCAUCUAAAGAAAAUAAAAAGGAAUCAUCACUGAAGAAAAGCAGAAUUUUGCUAGGAAAGACUGGUGUUAUUAAGGAUGAACCACAACAGAAUAUGUCACAGCCAGAGAUUAAAGAUCCUUGGAAUCUCUCUAAUGAUGAAUUUUACUAUCCUAAGCAGCAAGGUUUGCGGGGCACUUUUGGAGGCAACAUUAUCCAGCAUUCUAUACCUGCAGUGGAGCUCAGACAGCCAUUCUUCCCAACCCAUAUGGGCCCCAUGAAGUUGCGUACUUUCCACCGUCCUUCAUUAAAGAAAUAUUCCUUUGGUGUAUUAUCCCAGCCUGGACCUCACCCUGUCCAGCCCCUUUUGAAGCAUAUUAAGAAAAAAGCUAAGAUGCGUGAGCAAGAACGGCAAGCCUCUGGUGGUGGAGAUAUGUUUUUUAUGCGCACAGCUCAAGAUUUGACUGGAAAAGAUGGUGAUUUGAUCCUGGCAGAAUACAGUGAAGAGUACCCUCCACUUAUCAUGCAAGUAGGCAUGGCAACAAAGGUCAAGAAUUAUUACAAAAGAAAACCAGGAAAAGACCCGGGAGCUCCUGACUGUAAAUAUGGAGAGACUGUCUAUUGCCAUACUUCCCCAUUUCUUGGGUCAUUACACCCAGGGCAGCUGCUACAGGCCUUUGAAAAUAAUCUCUUUCGUGCCCCCAUUUACUUGCAUAAGAUGCCAGAGACUGACUUUUUAAUUUUACGGACACGCCAGGGAUAUUAUGUUCGAGAACUGGUUGAUAUCUUUGUGGUGGGACAAGAGUGCCCACUGUUUGAAGUGCCUGGGCCUAACUCCAAAAGAGCCAACACUCACAUAAGAGAUUUCUUGCAGGUAUUUAUUUACAGACUCUUCUGGAAGAGUAAGGAUAGGCCCAGACGGAUACGCAUGGAAGACAUUAAAAAGGCAUUUCCUUCACAUUCAGAAAGUAGCAUUAGAAAAAGACUAAAGCUGUGUGCAGACUUCAAGCGAACAGGAAUGGACUCGAACUGGUGGGUAUUAAAGCCUGAUUUUCGCCUGCCAACUGAAGAGGAAAUCCGUGCAAUGGUCUCUCCUGAACAGUGCUGUGCUUAUUACAGCAUGCUAGUUGCUGAACAGAGACUAAAGGAUGCAGGUUAUGGAGAAAAGUCAUUUUUUGCACCAGAAGAGGAGAAUGAGGAAGACUUUCAAAUGAAAAUUGAUGAUGAGGUUAGAACAGCUCCCUGGAAUACCACACGUGCAUUCAUCGCAGCAAUGAAAGGAAAGUGCCUUCUAGAAGUUACUGGUGUAGCUGACCCGACUGGAUGCGGGGAAGGAUUCUCCUAUGUAAAGGUUCCUAACAAGCCCACACAACAGAAGGAUGACAGAGAGCCACAGCCUGCAAAGAAAACUGUGACAGGAACUGAUGCUGAUCUUAGGCGACUAUCACUUAAAAAUGCCAAGCAGUUAUUACGCAAAUUUGGUGUACCUGAAGAAGAGAUAAAGAAGUUGUCCCGAUGGGAGGUGAUAGAUGUUGUGCGCACAAUGUCAACAGAGCAAGCACGUUCUGGAGAAGGGCCCAUGAGUAAAUUUGCAAGAGGUUCUAGGUUCUCUGUGGCAGAACAUCAGGAAAGAUACAAGGAGGAAUGCCAAAGGAUAUUUGAUUUGCAAAACAAGGUGUUAGAAUCAACAGAGAUUUUAUCAACAGAUACAGACAGCAGCUCUGCAGAAGACAGUGACUUUGAAGAGAUGGGAAAGAAUAUUGAGAACAUGCUGCAGAAUAAGAAAACAAGCUCUCAACUGUCCCGGGAGAGGGAAGAACAAGAGAGAAAAGAAUUGCAGAGAAUGCUGAUGGGGGAGGAUAGUGGACCAGAGAGAGAUAAAAAUAAAAAAGAGAAGAAGGAUCGCAAAGGUUUUUCCAGUUCUCUUUCAACUUGCUCGCACAAAGAUGAUGAUACCUCAUCUGUUACCAGUCUUAACUCCUCUGCUAUGGGACGGCGUCUAAAGAUUUAUCGAACAUUCAGAGAUGAAGAAGGGAAGGAGUAUGUGCGGUGUGAAACAGUAAGAAAGCCAUCAGUUAUUGAUGCUUAUACUCGCAUACGUACCACCAAAGAUGAGGAAUUUAUCCGAAAGUUUGCUCUGUUUGAUGAGCAGCACCGAGAAGAGAUGCGUAAAGAGCGAAGGAGAAUUCAGGAGCAGCUGCGUAGACUGAAAAGAAACCAGGAGAAAGAAAAGAUGAAGGGUCCACCUGAAAAAAAACCUAAGAAAAUGAAGGAGCGACCAGAUUUAAAGCUAAAGUGUGGUGCUUGUGGAGAGAUUGGACACAUGAGAACAAACAAAUUCUGCCCUUUGUAUUAUCAAACAAAUGCCCCACCCUCAAACCCAGUUGCCAUGACUGAAGAACAGGAGGAGGAACUGGAGAAGACAGUUAUUCACAAUGAUAAUGAAGAGCUAAUUAAAGUUGAAGGGACAAAGAUUGUACUUGGCAAGCAGCUCAUUGAAAGUGCGGAUGAAGUACGUAGGAAAUCACUGGUUCUGAAAUUUCCAAAGCAACAGUUGCCUCCCAAAAAAAAGAGGAGAGUGGGAACUACAGUGCACUGUGAUUAUCUGAACCGGCCACACAAGUCUAUUCAUCGUCGCAGGACUGACCCCAUGGUAACCUUGUCUUCAAUACUUGAAGGGAUCAUUAAUGACAUGCGUGACCAUCCAAAUACCUAUCCUUUUCACACACCUGUAAAUGCUAAGGUUGUUAAAGAUUAUUACAAAAUCAUUACACGACCUAUGGACUUACAGACCCUAAGGGAAAAUGUCAGAAAAAGAAUGUACCCAUCACGGGAGGAGUUCCGUGAAAAUGUGGAGCUUAUUGUAAAAAACAGUGCCACAUACAAUGGUGCAAAGCAUCCUUUAACCCAGAUUUCUCAGUCCAUGCUUGAUCUAUGUGAUGAAAAACUGAAAGAGAAAGAAGAUAGAUUGGUAAGGUUGGAAAAGGCAAUUAAUCCAUUACUUGAUGAUGAUGAUCAAGUUGCGUUUUCUUUCAUCCUUGACAAUAUUGUCACUCAGAAGAUGAUGGCUGUCCCUGAUUCCUGGCCAUUCCAUCACCCGGUAAAUAAGAAGUUUGUUCCAGAUUACUACAAAGUUAUUGAAAAUCCAAUGGAUCUGGACAAUAUACGAAAGAACAUUUCAAAGCAUAAAUACCAGAACCGCGAAGUUUUCCUUGAGGAUGUAAACCUUAUUUACACUAACAGUGUAAAAUAUAAUGGUCCUGAUAGUCCAUAUACAAAGACUGCACAAGAUAUCAUCAGUGUUUGCAAGCAAACUCUAGCAGAGUAUGAUGAGCAUCUUACCCAGCUGGAAAAAGACAUUUCUACAGCCCAGGAGGCAGCUUUGGAUGCAGCAGAUUUAGAAAGUCUUGAACCUAUGACACCUGGUCCAUAUACUCCUCAGAUGCGUCAUGGACGGGGGAGGUUGGGUGAGGAGGAGUCAGAUGUUGAUAUUGAAGGGUUUGAAGAGGAGGAUGACGGAAAACCGAAAACUCCAGCUCCAGAGGUUGAUGAUGGAGAGGGAGAUCUUGGGGAUGAGGACGAGGAAGAAGGUUCUUCAAGACCAGCACAAGCUAGUGUGCUUUACCAAGAUUUGCUUAUGUCAGAUGGUGAGGAUGAUGAUGAUGCCAGUGAAGAGGAAGGUGAUAAUCCUUUUUCUUCAAUACAUCUAAGCGAAAGUGGCAGUGACUCUGACAUGGAAUCAGGAAGCAUAAGGCCUAAAGAGCCACAUAUCCACCAAGAAAACACAAGAAUGGGAAUGGGAAUGGACAAUGACGAGAGUAUGAUGUCAUAUGAUGUGGACGGAGUAGAACCUUCACAAAUGGAGGAUAGCAACAUGAGUGAUGGAAGCUACGAAGAUUCCCGUUCUCACCAUCGUGCAGCAAGUUUUAGCAGUGCUGGAGGCUAUGGCCUCAGUGAAGAAGAAGAAGAUGAAGAAGAGGAGGAGGCUCGCCGGCAUCAUGGACCUAGUGUCCUAACACAAGUGCAGCUGAGUGAAGAUGAAGAUGACAGUGAAGAGUUCCGUUCUGUUGGAGGCGACAGUGAUCUUGAUUCGGACACGUGAAAAACGUGUGCAUCUUUUUGAACAUCUGCUUUA